GAUGCUGGCGAUGGUAGCCAAGGUGGCAGCGGCUGGACGGAAGACGAACGGCGAACGAACGUGUUCGAAGAGGACAGAGAAAAAAGGAUCGGAGGGAAACGCAUAGGGCAUGAUGAAGACGAGGCAGAAUAAGGUAAAGCCAUUGAGGAGAAGAGAGAAAACGAUGGUUAGAAAAGGUUGGAAGCGCGAGAACAGCUUGCCCCCACCGACCUAUGCGGCAGGUGGUUCUUACCGCCGUGGGCUAGGCCCAAGGGAUUGCCAAACCUUCGCGCGGCCGUCUGUCGUUGAGCUUUUUCAUCGGCGAGCCUGCUCUCGACCCCCGCGCAAUUUUUUCUCUCUCGAAAUAACCGCUAGGAACGACGAACGACGACCGAGGAAUUUAACGAGGACGAACGUCCUGUUUAAGGGUCAACUUCGCGGCUACUACUCCUCAACUGGAAUCGCGAGGAAUCUUAGCGAGAGGGUACAUUGGUCGCGAAAAGAGAAGAAUCGCGACCGGUGGUUUUUCGACGGUCGAAGGACACCUCGGUGCAGCAGGUGUCCGUUUCUCGACGAUCGCUCCUCUCCACCCGAUUUACCACGCUACCUGCCUCUUACUUUCGGCCAGCUGCUCCUCCAUCCUGCGGAAUUCUCUAUUUUCCUAGGAAUAAAUAUUCCCAUCGUUCUGAUGGUCGAAGGAUGCGUUGGACGAAAGGUGCGCGGACAUAUGGCUCGCGUGAAAAUCGACGUUUCCCACACCCGCGCGCGUUCACGUUCACAAACCGUAAGAGGAGCGCUGAACGCGAUCGAAGGGAAGAUGCGAAGGAUGAGAAGGGGUACGAAAUGAAAUCGAAGACGGGUCUCGAGGACGAGAGAGGCCGCAAAGGAGCGGGUCUCGAUUCGGAUGAAAGGCGGAGGACUCAACCAAGGGGAAACGUUCGUUGUUCGACGGCGAUCGGUUUUCGGCUCGGGUUGAAAAAUCGGGCGGGCGGUAAAUGGUAGACGAUCAGGUCGAAGUUUGCACGCGAGACGCGUCAAAAAUGCGCUUAAUUAAAUGGUAACGAUUGCCGUUCGCGAGCCGUUAACGAACCUUCGUAGGAACGGUCAGCGGAAUAAGCCCGGCGGAAUCGUCGAAAUAAUUGCGGCCGCGAUAAUUGCGCCUCGAUUCGAACGAUUCCGGGUGGCUCGCGUCAGCCCCGCGGCUUCUCCAACUUUUCACCCAUUGAUUAAAAGCGCGCGAUUAAACCCUGUGUCAUUCUCAACACGUUGUAAACGUCUCGAGUGCCCUCGUCUGCGCGAUUGGAUUCGAUCGAUGGCGUUGCUUCUUUCCAUUCGCGCUCGUAAAACCGACGCUCGAUCGUACUAAAUCUAGUAGAUCGAAACGACCGAAUCGUGAGUCUUCGUGUACGCGAGAUCCGUCCGGCCUGGAGUUUCAAGCAAGGUUAACGGAGAGUUAGCCCAGAGAGAGAAAAAGAGAGAGAGAGAGGAAAAGGCAAGCAACAACGACGAAGUAUGGUGGCAAAGAGGGCAGCCGGGCCUCGCACAGCAUCCCGUGGCCGCCACGUCCAGUCACGCGAACCAUUAAAGAUUCAAAGCCCGGAGGCCGAGCAGAUGGUCCCCGAACCGAGAAACGAGAAUCGUGAAGAGAUCUCUGCCAAGAAGCAACAGCCCGGACUCGGACUCGGACCCGAAAGCGGCAGCCCAGGAAUUACUAGGAAGCGGCAACACCGCCGGGCCGCGGUUACGUCCUACGGUCGUGCCGGUGACCGAGAGCUCCGACCCCUUCUCCACCUCUCGUGCCCUCCGCGCCAAACGCUUCCCUCGAACACCGCCAGCUUCUUUUCUACGCUUACGUUCGACGACGAGAACCUCUCUCUCCCCCCUCUCGUUCACCCUCUGUUAAGUCCUCUGCAUCUUCUUUUUCUUCCUCCACCUCCUCCCUCUUCUCUCCUUUUUUGCCUUUCAGAACCAUUCUCCCUCCCUGCCGCGUCUUACCUGACGCUCUCCCGGCACAGCGCUCGCCCGCCUCCUCUACCUUCCACCAACCUCCCAAACCGCCCGACAACGUCGCCUCCGCGAUCUCGCAACACCGUCGGGGCCUCUACCAUUGCCAGAGUUGGCAACGUCGCUACAUCGGGCCCCGAUACCGUGCCUCAGGCUCAGCAAUGCCUCUCCGCUCUCUGCUCGACUUUCUUACCGUUACCAUUCUAGCACGUGCAUUAUCGGCGCCAGCCUUUGUUCCACGAUUAAACUCGAUCGACUCGACUAGCUACGACGAGCACGUCGUCCGAAUUCACGAUGACGCGCGGGUCGUUUCGUUCGACAGACGAGCGACACUGACGACACGGUAUAUAUGUAUACGUCGAAUUGGUUCCAGAGGUCUCCUUGACGUCUCGAUAAGGAGUAUCUCGCGACGUGUUGAUCGAUGACACUCGAACGUAAUUCUAGAAACGGACCGUUCUUGUUUAUCCGUUCCAUAAAUCGUGGCUCUCGACAAACUCUCGCGGGACGUUUCCGUUCCCGGAACUCCUUCCUCCUUCGAACAGCUUAGCCCUUUACAUCGCUCUACCGCUUAGGUAUUAUUCUUCGCUUCAAAUGACGCUUCGAGUGCCUAUUGAACUCUUUCAAGGUCUAAUUGGAGUCUAGAUUACAGGCUCUAUUAGUCCCACGGUUCAAAAGAAUAACCAAAGCAAAGUCGAAAACCUGUCGCAAAUCUCAUAGAGGAUAAGCCUCCAUUAGCAGGGACUCGAUAUUUCCUAAGCCGGUACCAUUCCUUUGUCUCGUCUCCGCAAUAGGAUAGAACUCGGUCCAGGCGCUAAACUGGCCAGCUUGGUCGUACCUGACUUCUCCCUCGGUUCGCGCAUCGCAACGGCAUGGAAGCUACUUACGUGCAGCUCCGAAGUAAGUAUCUUUGGAGAAAUACCGUGAGGUAUAUAGAACGCGUCCACCCACGCCCGUGAAUACGACUGUCGCGUAGUCGCUUUCCCUGAACACUACCGUCCCCGCCUUUCGCCGACCUUGGAAUUCCUGAUUCUCGAGCGUCGCUCGUUCACCGCCGACACGGGUAGCCGCUUUCUGCUCGAACAAAUACGAGGUUGCAGCGUCGCCGGAGUUUACACGAUGCAAUGGACACGCGAGGUUGUGCGUACAAGACGCGUAUACCGCUAGGCCGAUACCGAUAUCGGGUGGACCCGUUCACGGCCGCGAAUGUAUGUACGCGGACAUAUGUAAGUAUUGUGGAAGAAACGGUCGGUGUCCCGGUUCGGGCGUUAGCGUGGAAAAAGAAAAACGACGACGUGGUCGAAGGCACUGGAAGAGGUCAUGCACGACGGGUGGCGCGAGAGAGGAGAGGCUGAGUAAAACCGCAUGGCCCCGAGAAUGGCAGCGUGUAACAAGAGGCUCUUUCAUUUCGUGGCCGCAGAUAUGGCGGCCGGAUCGGCGACAAAAACUUUUUUUUUCUCUCGUCGAGUUCGGAGAGGCUGAGAGAGCGCUUAUCGCACGUACGACGUCAAGAGCAUUCCUGGAUACUGUCUUGGCGAACGAGCGCCACAUACUGUGUGCAGUUCGACGUGGCGUUAAACGACGAACCAAGACGAGGGCGGAAAAAAUGGGGCGCGCGGCGAACGUGUCAGAAAUGAGAUGCAGUGGGGGGCGGCGAAUCGUCUACACGCGCGCCGACCGUAGUCGAAACUGUCGUUUACGAAAUGAGAAAGAAAUGUAAACUAUGGCCGGAGAACCGAAGGGAAGGUGGAACGGGGGGACGCGAGGCCGAUAAGAAAGAACACGUGCCACCUCGUUAAAACUCGUCUAGAGACCGGAUAUCGCAGUGGUCAGGACGUUCUGUUACUCGGUAGAAAUAACAGUGGCUGCUGUUUUGGAACGAAAACCGCGCAAAUCACGGACCCUGGUUACAGCCUAUAUUUGUAGACGAACCGCGACGGACCCCUAGGGCGACCGGAGGGCCACGGAGGGCCGCGGAGCGAAAGCGACCGGCCAACCGAACCAACAGACGGCAGGAACGCCGAACGGACCAGAACGAGAGAAGAGGACGGAAAGGUCUUGGGUUCAACGUUUCCUAAGAGAAGAUCGAAGCUAAAUUUAACCCUGUUCGCGUCACGGUACGCCAGAUACCAGAACAGCUUCCACACAGAACACCGUCAAAAUUCUCUUUGAUUGGCGUUGUUCGAUCGAUGCUCUUUCUACGUAAACUCGGUAGCCGUAGGCGCGACAAAAACGAGACACGGUAGUAUACGUAACUGGCUCGAAAUGCGUCUUACCGCGGCGAGCUCACGACGCGACAAGACGGGGGAAAGAAGGUCACGUUUCCGCGAAAAGACGACCUACUCUACUAUCUACUAUCAAUUCCCGUUUCCACCUCUCUGUCCUCCGCGAAUUAUAGUUUCUAUUUCGUUUCUACACAUAUGGAGAACGAGAGAGCAAGAGAGAAAGACGAGAGAGAGAGAGAGAGAGGUCUUGGAAAGAAACAGUCAACAGGAUGCGCGAUCUAAACGAAGGGAAAUAUAGAUGGAGAUAUUUCGAUAAGAAAGUCAGGACAAUUAAACAGUGUUGAGCGAUCCACUUGAAAGAGAAAAUCUCUGCUCUAGUGUUCUUAAGCAGGAGUCAAAGUCUGGGCAUGUUGAGCCAGAGCGAUAACAGCGGCUUUCAUUCGACCUGCGAUAAGGUGUCGCACCAUGCUAGGUUUCUUACGCCUGGUGGUAUUGCUUACCACAUUUCCCGCCUCGUUUAUCUUUCCAUGAUUGCUUUUUUCUAUAACACCGUCGCCUCUCGAUCGCCUCUCGGUCUCAUCGAAACUUCCGUCGAACGUGAAACGCGACGUCGUGACGCGCGGCACGGGAUUCGCAGCUCAUCCUUCCGUAAAACAACGUACUUUUGUACACACGUCCAUGGUAUGUGCGCGUACAUCGAGGGACUUGACGUCGUCUUCCAACUCCCAACAGCGAAGGAGCGUGGGAUACAUUGGAGAGCGUAUCACGUGUCCUCUGUGCGCGUUACUACGCGCAACACGCAUCGCGUACGAGCCGUGUGUAUGCGUAAUGUACGUAGCGCGCGUAUCUCCGCACUGCUGCGUGCCUACGUGCCUGUGUGGCUGCGUGCUUAGAGAGCCCACUGCUCCGAAGGUUUCCUUUGUGUCCCCUUCACAGCAUUUUUUCCUCGGUGGAGAGUGGUCGAACGUGACCGAGCGAUCUAAACGGUCUCGACGUCAGGACCGGUGGUUGUUGUUGGCACGCCGCUGUUUUGACGGAUUGCCGGAAAAGUAACGAGCACCAGCAGGGUUUACGAGCGUAACGAACUCGCGUUUCCCCACCGACGAACGGGAGAAACAACGAACAGGCUAGGACAAUCGGGGCUGGGAAAAAUCCAGAUCGUUUCCGCGUACGGAUACUUACACGGUCGAAACCUUUCGAUUCACGUCGCUCGAUUGUUUUAUCGUCGUUGCUAUUGUUAUUAUUAUUAUUAUUAUUAUCAUUGGAAAACAGGGAAGGUAUCGCAAUUAACGAUAGAUAGCAUACAAGGCGAGUAUCUUCGACGCAGCGUACAGGCGAAACAGUGAUCAGAGCUAUUCUGUUUCUCUCGUUGCUCGUUAGCCGUGAAAAAGCCAUCGGAGCCAGCUAAUCGUGACACGAGACUCGCAUUAACCAAACGCCACGCGAUCGAACGAAGAAACUCGUGCUACGGCUCGAACGACUCGCAACGAGGCUUUCGAUAACGAAACGAAACGCUGACUCUAUUCUAGAGCAUAUUACCUAACUUAACUGUUUCGUUCGAAGCCAAGCGUACCACAGCGAACUUUGUACAACAAACUCCAAACAACAAAGUGCAUUUUUAAAACGAACCGUGGCCGAUGUGUCGCUCGUAAAUCUGUUUAGAGACACGCUGUGAUCGAGUGGUGGAAAGAGGAAAAAGGAAAAAACAUAGUUUCGGGAGGAAAAAGAAGUAGUUCGCGAGUUCGGUAGCCUGUCUCGACGCGAUGACACGAGAAUACAUGGCACCUCGCGCGACGAUUUAUCAUCGAGGAACGCGGAGAUGCACGCCUGCCUACAUAGUCUCCGAUUUUUCGUCUUUCUCUUCCUCGCGGAGCCACGUUAUCGCUGAAACAUCUCUGACCGCACGCGAGCCACGUCCAACGAUCGAUUUCCCGAUUGGAAAACACGACGCACCGUGUUCAACUAUUCCUUAUCGCGACUGUUCCUCCGCUCCCGAAACUGUACCGGUACUCUGCGAAACUGUGCGAGAAGUUCGCAGUUCGCCGGCGGCACCUGUUGCACGGAUUUCCGGCACGUUUUCCGCGUGCGUUUGUGCGCGCGCCCUCGUGCACGAAUGCAAGAGAGAAAAACAGUGGCGAGGAGGAACGAGGAGGAGAGCGGAUAGCGGAUGCGUCGUCGCGCGAUUAACCAGCUAUUUUUUACUACGUUACGUCACACUUUUUGACGCGUGUUCUGCUACGAAUCAGCCGCCAUCGAUUCGAGCUAACGCGAUUUCUAACGUUAUUCGGUCGUGCCUCGUGGCACGAGAUAGAAAUUCAGUGGAUAUUAAGAUCGGCUCUCGAUUGAGUGGCGAAAUAAGAACCGAAGGAGAGGCAAAGGGGGAGGGAGGGGGGGAUUCGCGAUAUUGGGACGACGUAAGCAAGUACGCGCGAAAUCGAUGGCACUCAAGAUCGACCGUUAUCCGGGAUUUCCUUGACGUGGAGGAAACGCGGCGAGGAGCGAGUGGAACGAUCGCAGGCUGUUGCGUGCGUGUAUACGUGCGACGAGGUGCGUGGAGAACCGAGGGUCUCGCAUCUGCGAACCAGUCACACCGGUCCCACUUCUCUCUCAUUGGCGUAGCAGCGGAGUUUUCCGAACUAAAUUGCCUGCUAGCGAGUAGCGCUGAACGCGAUUCGCAAACGGAGCGAUUUAAAGGGCUUCGGGCGAGAGGCACACCGAUCCACCGAUCGAGGUCAUAGUAUCGUAUCAUUAGUCCGAGAAAGCCCCUUUUUUGUUUGCCCGUUUACGUGGAAUCGAACGGGAUUAAGCCAACUGUUGGUUAACUGUCGGAGUAAUGCAACGUCUACGAGUAAUUAAUCGUCCAGGUUGGAGGUAAAUUUAAUCGUACGAGGUAAUUGCCAGAUUAUACGAGAUCACUAUGCUUAACUUUGUCGCCCGGGACGAUCGUCCUCCUCUAUUUACAAUGCUUAAGGAAACGUUUGCUAAACGACGAAGAUUCCACACGACGAUAUUAAAGGAAACGAUACCUUCAAACUUAUAAGCGAUCGAUCUUGAUUCUGCCUGCAUAGAUCUUUCCAUCCAGCGUGGCAAGAAAUCUCGAAUCAUGCUUAAAUCCAGCGACCUUCGAAAUCGGCGCGUCGUUCACCUCGAGUUCCCUCGUUGCAUGGUAGCAUGGUAGGAAUCGCACGAUCACCGGGCACAAUGCGUCACGAGUUGCCCUGAAUUUUCCGAGUGAAUCGCUUCUCACGUCGAACGGAAAAGAACGCAGGUUCGGUCGACUAAGAAGGCAGAGGAAAAGCGUGGAGAAGCAGUGUAUUCCUGCUCCAAAUACAAGCACUCUCGUUCCAUCAUGCUUUUAAACGAACGAGGAUGGAUUUCUCGCUGACGUAUUUUUUUGACGGACCACUUUUUCGCAUGCAGGAAAAUGCGCGCUAUAUAGUGCAAGUCCGUGGCCCGUUGUUGCUUCUUCUUCCUCUUUGGACGACAACUUUUCCCCGGCUUCUCCGAGGUUGCAGUUUUUGUCCGCGUCUCCGUUGUUCGUUUCUCUGGCUCCGGUCCUCCACCAGACCAGUUCCCCGAUGUUUUUGCGAGCGUACAGGGCAAAGCCUGGCUCGAGACGGAAAAUUCCUGAUGAAAACUGAAAAUUCUUGGCUUUGCGCCAUUGGAUUCCAGUCGAGCCGGUUGCCGCUCCUACCCGCCGUUAUCUACUGUCUCCCUCCCUCUCCUUUCCUCUCCGUUUAUCCGCCCCCUUCCUGUCUCUAGCCUUUCUCUUUCUCUCCGUUUUGUUCCUAACCUAUGCCUCUUCCUCUUCGCUUCUGUUUCUCCUCUACGCUCUUUUUGCCGUUUCCCUCUUGUACCUCCGUUCCUCCGGAGACCUUCCAGCCGACGAAAUAUACCUUUAGCACUCUCGACUACUCUCGGGUCCCGCACUAGCAGUGCCUCUCGUUGUUGGUGGUACGCGUGACUCAAUUCCGUCCGAUCUUUUCGUUUUGGCUUUUAAACGGGCUAAUCGAUGCGCGUUACUUUCGCUGAAUUCCUCAUCCCACCUUUUCCUGUUCCGUAAUUUCCUAUCCGAUCGCCAGCACUUGGGCGAGGAUCGCGAAUGGGUGAUGAAGAACUUUGAGGUCUACCGGAAAAACUGUGAGAUCGAUGUCCGUCGAGGUUGGACGAGAACGCAAAUAUCUCGUCGACGAAUAUCGGUCUUCCUCGACGAACGAAAGUUUUUCGAUCCAACGGUAGUGAGAACACCGGUAUUUGCUUGCCAGCACACCGGGAGCACUAAUAGCGGUUAAACGGCCGGUUCUUAGCUCCCCAAUUGCAGCCUUAUGGAAUACUAUCGAACAGAGUCCUCGUGAAAAGUCUACCUCGACUAAUUGUUCCCCGCGCACCACCAUCGACACUCGGCUAUUACGAGCGUUGACCCGCUCGAUCGAUAGGGUCGCGGCCAAUAACGCUAAGCUUCCCGAUCAUCGAGCCACCCCGUGAUCUCUGCCAAUGCGGUUUGAGAAGAAUUCUAGAGGCUGCGAGCGAGGAACUUCUCUUUUCAACCGCGAUUCUAUUCCAGGAAUCGAACGAACAACACGAGCCACUGUGUUCGAGCACGAUCGCUCGCCGCCAAGUGGGCCUGCGUCGGUUUUCGGCUUCCAAGAAGGAAACGAAAGUACAUAUAGUGGAUCGCGAGCUUGCUCGAUACGUAAGAGAGAUCGUGUUCGACGCGCCUGGUUCGUUCACGCUUGUUCUUUCACCGUGAGCUCCUUAUUUAUGGGCAUUGCAUUCGCAUAGUUACGCAAUCCGGGUGUUUAUGGUCGAGUAACGGCACAACUUACUAGGCCAGUCACUACUCGGCUCCGUUGUAAACCCGUCUAACACCACCACAACUCCGUCUCCUAAGUCCAGGCACUGGUCCUGAACUUUUCCUAGUCGUGCGUCUGGCGGGUAGCCUCGCGCGAUAUCAUCGGUCGAGGCAGCUCGUUUUUAUAAAGCAACGUACCGCGGACGGUGGUUUCGCGUAAAUUUCAACGGGAGCUCACGUUACUCCAUCGUGGGGCGCUAGGAAACUUUCCGACGAGCUUUUCUCAUCGGGGUGUUGUUGCGCGCGAACUCUGGGAAAAAAUGAGCUGCAAUGUUGCUUCGCGUCCGAGGCGAGCGAAGGAUCGUUAUGCUCGAGCACAUCCACCCGCCAAAGAAGUUUAUCCCGGCUUUUCCUUGCGAGCGGGAGGAAAAAACGAUCGCGAGCGCGGAUUAAAAGAGUGGCGUGGGCGUGGAAGGGUGGAGCGCGCGGGGACGUGGAUACGACGAGAAAAAGAGAGGAAAAAGAAAACGUGGACGCGAGGAGCCAGCGCAGCCAGCGUAGGAAGACGACGAGGCAACCGUCCCGAACCGGGCGGGCAAUAUCGACGCGGCGAACCGUUCGGAGCGGCACACCGCGACAUACGAACGAGCCGAGUAAGCUCGAUAAAACUAGUUCUGUCGAAUAGCUCGAGGAUAUAGCUGCCGUUCGGACCCUUUGUUCUCGUUUAUCGAGCUAUUCGCGGCCGGUCUCGCGGUCGCGACUUUCCGUUGAGCUCCAAUCCGCCCGAUCGCGUCAUUCUCGACUUCCUCCGGUUGAGUCGUUAAGACUUCUUCUUCUUCUUUUACUUCUUCUUCUUCUACUUUUACUUCUACUACUUUCACUUCUUCCUUCGCUUCUUCACCUUUGUUCCGUCAACUUUUCCGAUAGACGAGAAGAAUACGAACAAGAGACGGUUCACGCCUUUGCGCGUCCCUAUGCCGGAGGGUGUGAGUUCGAGUGUGAGGCAGAGGGAGGUUGAUAGUGGCGGGUGAAGCACGAGAAAAGUUCCGAGUGCGUGUCGUUCUCUCAAUAAGGCGAAGGACAUGGCGCUUCCCUACGUCUUCCGUAAACUCGACGAGGAAAAGGGAGAGAGGAAGCGGAGAAUCGGGCGGAGCCUCCGCGAAUGCUCGUGUCUCCAAGGCCUCCAGAGGCGACGAGCGAGAGCAAGAACGUAGGAAAGUGUUUAUCCUUGAGAUUGGACGUUCCGGGAGCUAUCCUCGUAAUCCCCUGGUGGCAAUCUCGUAAUCCUGCCGUAUAACUUCGCCCCCGCUACUCUCGAUCUCACCGUCCACCGAUUCGCCAAGACGCACCUUGACUAUGAGGCCAGGGAUAUCUUAUCCUAUUUUAUCCGAGAUUCGGGGCCAUUGUGCCCGACUCGAUAUUUUUCACUCGUUUUUUCGCCCGUCAGCUCCGACGUCCUUCCUGUCUUUCCUCGAAUGUUCCCCUUCGAGCACGUUUUCCAUUUCUCUCUCUCUCUCUCUCUCUCUCUCUCUUUCUUUCUCUCUUGCUCUUUCGUUCUCCAUAUGGUGUAGAAACGAGGUAGAAACUGUAAUUCGCGGAGGACAGAGAGACGGAAACGGAAAUUGAGGAGUCAGCCGUGGAUAUCGGAGGAAAACGCGUUAAUCGUCCCGAGAUGAAGCUUCCGCGUGCUUCUGUGAAGAAGGAGGGUCACUCGAGCGAACGACUUCAUCGCCGGCUAACUAGAUACUCCGGUGUCUCCCUCUCCUAAAACUGUGGCGGCCACUCCGACUUAACGAAAGGUGGAUAAUUCUUCCGCCAAAGGAAAUUACUGAGAAAGAGCUGACGCUGGCGGACCGAUCGACGAUAUUGCUUUGGAGCGAAGCCUAUCUUCUCUUUUCGCAGUCCAACGUUAAAACAGCUGCGCUGCGAAUCGAACUUCUAUCCUCGUGCAAAGGAGAUCACGUCUAGGGAGAUUCCCCCGUGGGAGACAUCCGCGUCGCUUAUCGUCGCUGAUAAAAUCGGGUGUCGAAUUUGUCGCGAGCCGGCCAACGGCUCCACUCUGGGUAUCUCCCUUCCCCCGGCCUGCAGAGACACAAAUCAGUCGAAGGCCAGCUACUGGGUGAGGUGAUGGCGACGAAGGAAAGCGAGAUAGGGGACCGACAGAGUGACAAAAUGUACUCUCUUACCUGAUAGCAAUAGAAGAAGAAGAAAACGGAGGAAACUGGAGAAAGACAAACUCGAAGUUGGAGAAAAAGGAGGGUAGGAGGAGGCUGGACAGUGAUUUCGUCCAUCUCGAUAGACGGAGAAAACGGCAGGUGUUCGUUGCGGAGCAGCUGCAAUCACGACCACCAUCUGCCGCAGUAAUGCACGCCUCUUCCAAGUCUUCCAGUCUUGGAGAAGCGAGACUCGUUGCCUGAGGCAUCCAUCCUCAAUUAGACGCCACCUGAAACACGUGCCCUUCUCGAAUCCAUGGAUUUCGAUGGCUUCUUUCUUCUCCACCCUUAUCUCCUUCUUUUUCUCAUUCCUCUUCUUGCUCGACUUCGCUCCUCUUUACCGGUUCUCUGCUUCGUAUCUCCACGUUCCAAGGCUUCCUUUCUUUUUUCGACGCCACGCGUCAUUAUCCUUCGCUUCCUGGUAUAGUGCCGAUGUCAUCGAUCACCGAUCCCCGUUUUUCGCGGCGACAGUUGGCAAGCACCAGGCUUUGCGUAAGCGUAAAAACAGCCCUGACACGUGCUGUCGUUGAAAAUGUGAAUCCGAAUAAGAGAUCCUGGAUAUCAUGUUACCGCUUGAUGAUUAUCUGGUCCGCAAGCUAACCUUUCGAAAUAAAGUUGCUAAUUUUCUAAGAUCAA